GUGUCCGGGCGGGGAGAUGGGGAGGGCGGUCCCCUCUCGGCUCCGCCCUUCCUUCGCCCUUCCGCCCCGGCGGAGCGGAACCCGGCGGGCGGCGCGGCCGGCGGGGCGGAGCGGGGCACGAUGAGCACGAAGCAGGUGACGUGCAGGUACUACGUGCAGGGGGUGUGCCGCGAGGGGAGCAAGUGCCUGUUCUCGCACGACCUCUCCAGCAGCAAGCCCUCCACCGUCUGCAAGUACUACCAGAAGGGGCAGUGCGCGUACGGAGCCCGCUGCAGGUACGAUCACACCAGGCUCCCUGCGCCGGGGUGGGGAGCGGCCCCUGCACCCCCUGUCCCACCGGCAGCGCCGCAGGGCCCCCGGCACCCCCCUGAGCACAGCGCCCCGGUCACCAGGAGCAAACUGCACGAGGCUGGCAAGAGGGAGAAGAAGACACUGGUGCUGAGGGACAGAAAUCUGUGUGGCUUGGCUGAAGAGAAGCACAAACCCAGUGCCACGGGCGAUGUGGUGUGCUGCAGUGACCAAAAUGAUAAUCUGGAAGUGAAGCCCCAUUCCUACCUGGAAGCUAUCUGCAGCGGGCUGGAGGACCCGGUGGCUGGAGGCUCCUAUGCGGAUGCAGAGCAGUUGUGUCCCUACGCUGCUGCAGGCGCCUGCCACUUCGGAGAGCGCUGCCUCUACAUCCACGGGGACGUGUGUGAGAUAUGUGGGCUGCAAGUCCUCCACCCUUUCAACCAGGAGCAGAGGAAGGCUCACGAGAUGAUGUGCAUGGCGACAUUCGAGCACGACAUGGAGAAGGCCUUUGCCUUUCAGGCAAGUCAGGACAAAGUGUGCAGUAUCUGCAUGGAAGUGGUGUAUGAGAAGCCAUCGGCCUCCGAGAGGAGGUUUGGGAUCCUUUCCAACUGCAACCACACGUACUGCUUGUCCUGCAUCCGGCAGUGGAGGUGUGCCAAGCAGUUCGAGAAUCCCAUCAUAAAGUCUUGCCCCGAGUGCCGUGUGAUAUCCGAGUUCGUCAUUCCCAGCGCCUACUGGGUAGAAGACCAGGAGAAGAAAAACGAGCUGAUUGAAGCAUUUAAGCAGGGAGUGGGGAAAAAGCCCUGCAAGUACUUUGAACAAGGGAAGGGAACAUGCCCGUUUGGAGGGAAGUGUCUUUACCUUCACGCUUACCCGGAUGGGACACGAGCCGAGCCUGAAAAGCCAAGGAAGCAGCUCAGCUCCGAGGGCACGGUGCGGUUCUUCAAUUCUGUUCGUCUGUGGGACUUCAUUGAAGACAGAGAGAGCAGGACUGUGACCAGCACAGACGAUGACGUAACCGAACUGGGAGAACUGUUCAUGCACCUCUCGGGGGCCGAUGAGGACUCUGCUACUUCUCAAUAAAGAGGACGUGAGGUGCUUCUGCCUAUAGCGAUCCAGCUAUUUAUUUAGUGAUGCUUUGACUUUAUACAGCACAGUUAGGAUGAGCGUGCCCUGUGGUGGAUUUGUGCAGUCCUGGUAAGGUUUUCAGAUAGUUUUUGUAUGGCAACAAGAAGAUUAAAAUAUAUUUAAAAAAAGAUAAACUGAUUGCAUGGAAAAAAAGAGUCCCUUAAAUCCAAUAGGGUUUUCUCCCUCUUUGGCCCAACAGAUGCUGUCCUGGGGGCUGAGGGGCAGUGUAAAUACAGCUCCUCCCUUACCUUUUAAAGCUUAAGCUGUUAAAAACUGUUGCUAAAUCAGUUUGGGGUGGGUUUGGCUUGUGUUGGUUUUGGUUUUGUUUUUCACACUAAAUCAACUAACUGUGUAUCUACAAAACCCCACUGAGGAAUAAUGGUCAGCAAAGCUUUUUCUUCCUUAAAAAGGACAUUUAAGAACUAAUACAUUAUACCUCAAAGUAGGACCUAGAGUUCAGAGUAAACUCAGAGCAGUGCCAGAGUCACAACAGACAGCUAAACUGAACCUGCAGCACAACUUGGAUUCUGGAAACUGUCAUGAGAGGAAGGAGUGAGGUGCAGGAACAGUUGCAACAGCAGCAGGGACACUGUUGUUCAGUUUACCUAGUUCAAAUGUCUUUAACUGGGAAACCUUGAUUCCGUUCAAUGAAGUAGCCUGAGUUAAGUAACUGCAUUUUCUGAUCUCAGGUCAGUGAUCUCACAGUUUGCAAGUAUACACUGUAAGUUAUUUCAGUUAUGAGUUUUAGCUCCUGCCUUUCUUAACUGUGUGGCUGACAUAGGUGGGAUUCCCCAUCCCCACAUGCCUCUAGCACAGGACAAGGAUGCCUUGCUGAAGCUCCAGGACAGUCCCAGAACAGCCCCACUUCCACGCAGCUCCAGUCCCAGCCCAAAGCCACUGUCAGUGAAGCCCCGGCAGUUGUCCAGGCACUGCCCUCAUAUGGGAUGUGCCAAGGCUGGGUAAGGGCAGUGCUGUGAGGGAUUAAAGCACGUCUCUUCUGAGGUAAUGAAGCUGCUGCUGAAUCUUGGUUUUGUUCAGAAUUGUGUUGCAAAAGCUUUGAGCAAAAGCAAUGUGAUGGUGAAAUCUGAUGUGAGAAGUUAAUGCUGUGAAGCCAUUUGUAUUAACUUGGCAGUUCAACUAAGAAUUCAGUCUGAAAUGGCUCCUGAGCAAUACAGCAUGAAACCAGUUGAGUGCAAGCAGCGAUCUCUCGAGCACAUGCAGCAGAGGGUCUUCAAAUCAGUAGAGGGCCAAUGCGGACAAAACCUCGUACCCUUGAAGGGUGCUGUUGGCUUAAAGACUCAAGUGUUCCAGAAGGGUCAACUGCUGAGACAACAGAAGUUAUUUGUAUUGUGAGGCAAAGCGUGUUUAGAGACACUUGUGCAAAAGCCUCGCAUCAGCAAGGCACAUGGGGCACUGCUCAGAUGGCUGAAAAUGGGGAUCUAUGUCCCUGUCACAAAGCAAACAGCAGAACCUUCAGCUGGGGUUCAGACAUUUUAAACUGCAUCAAAUUAGUGACUCCAGUAUUGCUCGUUUCCACCAUGGGUUGGCAUUUCUGGGUCAGAACUGAAGCUGAGGAGCCUCACCUGAGGAGGGUGGAAAUCACUGCAUUUCCCUGAGGGUUCCAGCAGAAGAGGGAGAGCUCCUCCCACCUCUGCUGGCCAACAGCUCCCUCCCCUUGACCACGCACAUGUUGCUCCGGUUCUCACCCAGGAAAUGGAACUUUUCCACAGUUAUUUCCCCCCUAAGGUUAAUUUUUCACAGUGCUUACUGCAAAGUCAGGCCUCAGCUUGGCACAAUCUGUAACUGCUUACUGGUCAGUGGCACAUGAAGGUACCAGUGAGGCACGUGAAUGUUGUUCAUCACCAAUCACAAAGGUGAGGAAAAGAAAGUAAUAAAAUACAUCCCAAAGUCAUCAAUGGAGGGGAUGUGCUUUACCUUAAACAAGGCAUUCCUGGUUUCCCUUGCCCCAUGAAGACAUAAACCAGGUAGCAGUAGUCUGAAAUUAAAAAGACAGCUUGUUUUUCAAAGCUACACAGGGACAACGUAAAGAGAAGUUUUAAUUUAACAUAACCUGUUUUAAAAAUUAGGGAUUAAUGGUUUCUUUUAGACCUAAAGUAGCAGCAGCUUACCAUGUCUUCUUUUUCUUAACUAUUUUAUAUUAUAAUGAAGGUAAUAUGAGAGAUAAAUAACAUUUACAGAGGUGUGCACAGAGAAAGACACAAAAUCCCAAGCUUCCAUGUCAGGAAUGGGCACUUGGCUUCCAUUCUUUCCCUAGUAAACAUAUUUAAACAAUGCUAUUUCAAAACCAAAUUCAUAGAUUAACCCACCUAUUUUUUGUCAUCUGUGGAGUUCAGCCAAGACAAAACACUCGCUUGGACCUGAGCAAACAACAGGGCCACGGAAGAUAAAACACAGCAAAACUGGUGCGGUGCAACAGCUUCAUCGUCCAGCAGUGUAGGACCUGAAUCAGCGGAUGCUGCUGGGAGGUUGCUGCAGGAGAGUAAAAGCCAUCCUGUAAUGGAAGUGACUGGAAACCUGGAGGUGGUCGGAUCAAGUGUGGUUUUACUUAAACUGCUUUUAAAAAAUCAUUCUGAAUGUCAUUUUCUGAGUUUUUCCAAUCUAGAUGUACAUGUCAAGAGCGAUGGAUUACUACAUUAAAUGAUGACAUUGAA